GUCACGUGCUGCCCUGCAGACCCUGAUGAUCCGCGACUGGUGGAUGUGCAUGAUCGUGAGCGUGAUGUUCGAGUUCCUGGAGUACAGCCUGGAGCACCAGCUGCCCAACUUCAGCGAGUGCUGGUGGGACCACUGGAUCAUGGAUGUGCUCGUCUGCAACGGGCUGGGCAUCUACUGUGGCAUGAAGACCCUCGAGUGGCUGUCCCUGAAGACGUACAAGUGGCAGGGCCUCUGGAACAUUCCAACCUACAAGGGCAAGAUGAAGAGGAUCGUCUUCCAGUUCACGCCCUACAGCUGGGUGCGCUUCGAGUGGAAGCCGGCCUCCAGCCUGCGCCGCUGGCUGGCCGUGUGCGGCAUCAUCCUGGUGUUCCUGCUGGCGGAACUGAACACCUUCUACCUGAAGUUCGUGCUGUGGAUGCCCCCCGAGCACUACCUGGUGCUGCUGCGCUUGGUCUUCUUCGUGAAUGUGGGCGGCGUGGCCAUGCGCGAGAUCUACGACUUCAUGGACGACCCGAAGCCCCACAAGAAGCUGGGCCCACAGGCCUGGCUGGUGGCGGCCAUCACAGUCACAGAGCUGCUGAUCGUGGUGAAGUACGACCCCCACACGCUCACCCUGUCCCUGCCCUUCUACAUCUCCCAGUGCUGGACGCUCGGCUCCGUCCUGGUGCUCACCUGGACCAUCUGGCGCUUCUUCCUACGGGACAUCACCUUGAGGUACAAGGAGACCCGGCGGCAGAAGCAGCAGAGCAGGGGUGACCAAGGCAGAGCCGUUGGCACUGGGGACGGGCACCCAGCCGUGCUGGACGAUGAGCUGCUGGAGCCUGGGGUGGCCGAGAAGGAGGGGGCAUCUGCUCCAAACCGACCUGUGCCUUGGCCCCAGUGAGCCUCCAGGACCGAGGCCGCACUGCCCUGUGGCUGCUGCUCGGAGCCUUCCUUCCAACAGGCCUGUCCUCGAGGUUUCAUUUCCUUUGCUCUGUGCACACGGCUGGGCUCCAGUGGAGGCGGGGAAGGCAGCCCCGGCCCAGCCACAACUCCAUGUGUGUGUGUGUGUGUGUGUGUGUGCGCGCGUGCGUGUGUCUGUCUGGGUGUGUGCACACUGUACGUGUGUGCUCUUGGAGCCUGAGGUUUCUCCACAGCCGUGAGCUGGCCAGUGUGCUGGGGCCUUUUCGGGCAGCUGGUGCCUCUGGAGCGAAGGCCCUGGCCUUCCCGCCUGCCUGGUCAGCCCAGCGGCCUCCGACCCGAGGGCCCUUCUCACUCAGCCGCCGCACAGCGAGGCAGAGGCGUCCUGGCUGUCCCGAGGCAGCGCAGCGAGCUGGCAGAGCCCUGGGACAUCAGCCCCUGGUGGCACUCGUGAGGGGCAGUCCUCUGCGACCAGGAUGGCUGAGCAGUGGUGGACUUGGGGCUGGGGUAACAAGCCUGAGCCAUUUCCCAGAGCCUCCGUUUCACAGACUAGCCUGGAGGGCGUGGGGACCGGGUCGGAGGUCACUGCACUGGCCCUCGAGGGGCGCCAGAUGGAAACUCCAAGACCCAGGAGCCUGUGAGCCGGUGCUGGGGUCGCGUUGUCUGUACGGCUGAGUCCAGAGCCUUCUCCAUGAGGACAUGGGACAAAUAAAGUGCUGACACGGAGGUCCGCAGCUUCCAGCCCA